AUGGCGUGGAAAGACCAUCUCAAACGUUUGAAGAAUGAAUUCGACAACCUAGUCGGUGAGCCUGGGGCUCAAAACCAACAGCACGCUCCCCCACCGCCCCAGGGAAAUCCACCGCCUCAGCAGCCCAUGGGCGGACAGCAAGGACACGUCUACUGGCAGCCCCAGUUCAGACCUGAUGCUCCCGUCACGACCGAGUGGGACGCAAAGAUCGGGAACGGUCCAGAUGGCUGGGGUAACCAGGAGUUGCAGUUUUACACCGCUGAUCAUCAGAAUGCUUUUUUUACUCCAGACGGCAAGCUUGUACUUCGCGCUGUUGCGAAUAAUGCUUCACAAGACCAUGAAAAGAAAUACACCUCUGCUCGUCUCGUGAGUCGGCAGACGCUCGCCCGAGAUCAGGGAGUUCUCACCGCCUACAUCCUCUCACCCUGCGCAACGGGCAUCUGGCCAGCGUUCUGGCUUCUCCCCCAAGAGCCAUUCUCCUGGCCCACCGACGGCGAAGUAGACAUUGCCGAGACCUGGAACGGCGACCUGGAGAACCACUCGUGUCUCCACUGGGGCUUCCACCACGAGCCACACAAGCACCGCGUCCUGGGCACCAAGAUCCCCGACAUGCAGCACCGCCCGGUGAGAUAUGAUUUCGCCUGGCUCCAGUCGGGUGGGCAGGCUGGUCAAGGGCGGAUGGUGUGGUACAUUGACGGCAGACCUGUGAUGAAGGGGGAUAUCCCAGAAGGGACGCGGCCGAUGCGGGAUAUGAAUAUUCUACUGAAUGUUGCCAUGGGUGGAAAUGUCUGCGGUGGCAAGGUGCCUGCGGAUGGACACUACGAUAUGGUCGUGCAUAGUCUUUACAUGGGGAGUGAGCCUGAAAAUGGAGGUUGGCAUCGCUUUGAGGCUGAUUAUGCUGCGGCGCCUCAGGGAAAUACCUACUGA